ACCGAGGCGGCCCGGGGGGAGGGGGAGGGGGUGGUUUGUAUGGUCCUCGCGGAGCGGCGCGACGGCGGGAGAACGGUCGAGGCUUUCAGUCUGAACAGAGUCAGCCCCGAGGAGCAGUGGGACGCGGCCGAGAUGGAGGCAGACGCCACCGAGCAGCUGAAAGUGCGCCGAAUCGAAGAGAAAGAUGCACCCAGUAACAACCUUGGAUGUUGUGGAUGGAUCUUGGUUAUAAUUUCUUACUUCUUCAUGCUCAUCACUUUCCCCUUUUCCAUCUGGUUAUGCAUUAAGAUUGUCAAGGAAUAUGAACGAGCUAUAAUAUUCAGGCUUGGCCGUAUUCUAGCAGGAGGAGCCAAAGGGCCAGGUUUAUUCUUUGUCCUGCCAUGUACUGACUCCUUUGUUAAAGUGGAUAUGAGAACUAUUUCGUUUGACAUUCCACCUCAAGAGAUUCUCACCAAGGACUCUGUGACAGUCAGUGUUGAUGGAGUUGUGUAUUACCGUGUCCAGAAUGCAAUUCUUGCUGUUGCAAAUAUCACCAAUGCAGAUUCUGCUACCCGCCUUUUGGCCCAGACCACUUUGAGGAAUGUACUUGGAACAAAGAAUCUGUCUCAGAUUCUCUCAGACCGGGAGGAAAUUGCCCAUAAUAUGCAGACGACCCUCGAUGUUGCCACAGAUGAAUGGGGCAUUAAGGUUGAGCGUGUGGAGAUCAAAGAUGUGAAGCUGCCCAUCCAGCUACAGAGAGCGAUGGCAGCUGAGGCCGAGGCAUCAAGGGAGGCCCGAGCCAAGGUCAUUGCUGCCGAGGGAGAAAUGAAUGCUUCCAGGGCCCUGAAGGAAGCUGCUAUUGUGAUUUCUGAGUCUCCAGCAGCCCUGCAACUUCGUUACCUGCAGACCCUCACCACCAUUGCAGCUGAGAAGAACUCCACCAUUGUAUUCCCUCUACCAAUGGACCUGGUGCAAAAUAUUAUGGGGGCAAAAAAGUGACAUAACUAAACACAAAAUAUGACCACUGUUUGUAUGUCUGAUUUUCCAAUGAUACAUUUUUGGUUAGAAUGACUUAAGUUUUUUUCCAUGCAAAGGUGAUGGUUUACAUUAGUGAUGGAUUGAUAGUCGCACCUUAAUGGCAUAUCUGACACAUUAUGUGAAUGCUUUCGCUUUGAUCAUUUCUUAAAGCAAAGAAUGAGAAUGUAAUAUAUACAGGGAAGGACAAAUUCACAGCAAGCAGUUGUUCUCUAGAACCAAGCAAACUGUUAAUUUAGCUGUGGCAGUUUUUACAUUUCUAUUGUACUGGUGUUGACCUAAAUCUUCCAACAGUAAAACUGAGCAGUUUGCUAGCCAUUCAUUCACAAAGCCAAUAUUGUUCUCCACACAUUUAUCAGUUUGAUUUAACACGGUUGAUUCUUCAUGACAUACUCCAGUCACUGUCCUAAAACCUGUCCAGUCUAAAAACCCAUUUCCAUUUAACCCUACACUUAAGAUCUUGAGGACAACACUGAUAUAAAAUGUUUGUUUCCUUUGAGAUGCUGUAAAAUUUUUGAAAAUCUGUAUCAGAGCAUCGCCCUCCUUUCCUGGCCAGUUAAUCAGCAUAUCUAUCUGUGUGUGAAGUAUUCAAAAGCAGAUGUCUAUCAAGCAUGUGGUUUAUUUCCAAAUGCAUUUGAAUUUCUGUAUGUUCUAUCAAGCCUACAAAUUUGAAGAAACCUUGUGCCUGCUGUUUUGCCUGUAACAACAUUAUCAGAAGUGUAGAAAGAAGCUAAAUUGACUUAAACCAUCUGAAGCAUUACGAGUUUCCAAAAAUAAUCCUCCAUGCGGAAACUUGCAACGUUAUUACAAUCUGCAGAGCAUGCCCGGUCUGUGGUUUUAAUGUGCAGUACACGUUACAAUCUGCUGUACAGUAGAUUUAUGGGGAAAUGGUCUAGUCACCUUACUGAAGUCCACCCACCAAUCUAGGAGAGAGGUUUGCUCAUUGACUGAAGAAGCUCUGCACUGGUAGUAUCCUUGGCUGCUGUAGAAUUUGGCUGUAUGCCAUUUGAUUAGCACUUCACACCAGCCAGUCAUUACAGUAGCUUGAUGUAGCUUGUACGUGUCAAAACUUUAGGCCAUGUCUAGAAAGGGAGGGAGGGUGACUGUUAUAUCUCAAUUUCUUUCCAAAUGAUUUUUAUUUUCUCUUCAAAUCAAUGGUUUUUGUGUGGUUGGGGAACUACUCUGUGAGCAGCUUUGCCAGAAAAAUUUCCUUCUAACCUGUCCAGCGAAUGUAUUAUGUUAGUUGUCAUAUUCCAGCCAUCUGCAUCAGGUUAAGUUGAAUGUGACCACAUAACUGCAAGUAUAUGUUUGGGCCAUUGCCCAUUAAACCCACCCUUCCUGCCUCCUAAUAAUGCAAGGAAGUGGUUUGAAGGCAUGUUCAGUUUCUGUUCUACCUUUUGUUUGGACUGAGUGACGCAUAACUUGAAAAUCACAAUACAUUAAAAAUCCCCGAGUCUCUUCUUACUGAAAUCCCAUCGUUGCAAGUUCAUUGCAUUAGGUGUCCUAGGGUUAGUCUCCAUUGCAAUUUAAAAUGCAAAUUAAAAUUGAGUAAAGCAUAAUCUCUCCAUUGCCAUGAAAUUCAAGCAGUUCGGACAAACCCCAAGCCUAACAUAUGGGAGUGAGGUGGGAAGUGGUUGGGUAAUGGGAAUGCUAUAAGAUUACUAAUGCUGUUGUAAAAUCUGUCCAGAUUAUUACAGCUGUAAACAUUGGUAGGGUUAUCUGGGUAAUGUUCAAAUUGUGGCCAAGGCUUUAAUAAUCCAGGACAACGUGACCAAAUGCAUGAACCCCGAGUCUGAGGGGUGGCUCUAAGGUGUAGUCAUGAUGAUCUUCUGCUCAGAGGGAAUUUUAGAUGGGCCUCAUUGCAAAAGAAGUAAGAAAGGGUUUCACUUUAAACAUAGUCUGUUUGAUCACUUUGGAAUAAGUGGUGUUGCUGUUAGAGCUUUGUGGUUAUUUUAAUAUCAGCAGUUUCACUGUGAAAGCAUGGUACCAUAACGAUUUUAGCCUCUAUAAAAUGAAUACUGGUUAAGUACUCAAAGCAAAAAGAAAACAAAAUGUUGGAAAGAAAAGCAGAAAAUGCUAGAAAUUCUUAGCAAAUUCGGCAGCAUCUGUGGCAAAAGAAAGAGUUAACCCUUUCAGAUUGAUGGCAUUUUAUUAGAACUAAAUUAAAUACCUACAGGCAAUGCACUGCACCUGUACAAAAUGGUUGCUUUUGAGAACAUCAUUCCCAUCUUAAACAAUAAUAAGGAAUUCCACUUACUUGUACUUAUCAGUGCUAGUGGUAGGAAAAUGAGUUAAGCAGAUUGGUAUGAAAUAAUUUAAAGAGCAAACAAGAAAUCUGCAGAUGCUGGAAAUUCAAACAACACACACAAAAUGCUGGUGGAACACAGCAGGCCAGGCAGCAUCUAUAAGGAGAAGCACUGUCGAUGUUUCAGGCCGAGACCCUUCGUCAGGACUUUGUUCCACCAGCAUUUUGUGUGUGGUAUGAAAUAAUAGUUCAUUUCAACAGGAAGCAAAAUCACCAUGUUACAUGCCUGUUUCUCAACCAUCCCACACACUGGUGUUACAUUACAGUCUGGAAUACAUUGGAUAUUCAUUGUUUAAUUAUCUCAGAACAAAUUUGUUUAGUGGUGGCGUGACCAGGAGCUUUUUGAGAAUGGACAAAUAUUGGCACUGACUAGGCUGGUUUUAAACACAUCAUCCCAUUUUGAGUCUGGCCCUCGUCAAGUCUGCACUGUGGUUGCAGGUAAUGUGAGUUUAAACUGUAAAACUGGCAAACUAGCUCAAUCUUAAGAGGAUAUUGGAAUGAUCUCAGCCUGUAGUGUGUGCCUACUAGUAUACAGUAGGAAUUUAAGGUAAGUUGUUGGAGCAGGGAACAUUGCUCUCGAUCUGACCAAGAGCUAUUUCUCCUGGAAGCACUUUCUGCUAAUAUUCAUCACAAUUUAAAAAUUAAACAUAUCUGCAGACUUUUUUUUCAUGGACUUGCCUUGUCAAAAUUUUGAAUCCCUCGAUCAGACUUAAUCCAACCCUGCACUAGAUUGGUGUCUUUUCACAUAGAUUUGCAGGUGAUCAUUCUCUUUUUUUUAUUAUGUCUCUGAAUCCACUUUGGAAAGAAAUUAGUCAACUCGAGAAUGAAUAGGUCCCACAUAUAAGGUAAAACUUGAUAUUCAAGAUAGCUGAGGGCACUUGUAUUUACCUUAAGUUACCAUAUAUUGACCAAGGCAGGGUUUUAGAGGCCUUACUACACAAUGCUAUACACUGUAUCACUUUAUCACUCUUAAAAGUUUAUGAAUGUAUGUUCAAUAACAUAGAAUGUAAUCAAUAUGUACUAACAAGGCUUUUCUUCUAAAAGUUAAUCUUUUACAUAUUAAUGUUUCUGAAAGCAUGAUCAACAUGGUUGUGGUAGUAUACUUUUAUAAUUAAGCUUGCAAUGCAUUUAAUAAAUGUUAUCAAUCAAUGUC